GACAUUCCGUGUCACUUUCGCCGUGUCGGAUGUGAAUCAAUCUGAAACGCUUCCAUCUAGAAGGAUCGUCGCUCUAGUAUAAAGUUCACAUAGGCACCCGACAGGUUAGAUCACCACAAACCCAUCAUACAUAGUUCAGUCUCUCCGGAAUGAAGUCGAUUCUCUUUCUUAUUCCUCUCGUCCAGGCUGGAGAAGUCGUUUGGGACGGCUUCUUCAACACCUCGUUCACAGUAGACCAGAUCGACAAAUGGUCCUGGUCUAACCCAGUCGGCCCGUACCAAUGGUAUAUCCACGGCUCCGAAGCGACCACCAACUAUCUCGAACUUAGCCCGGACUUCAAGAACCCGGCCGACAAGAGCGAUGAGAAGGGCAUCCGCAUCAGCAUCGACGAUACAUCCUCCUGGAAUGGCCAAACAAUGAUGCGUUCCGAGCUUAUCCCCCAGAGCGACGCCAACCUGGGCACCGGAACCCUGUUUUACCAUUUCUCCCUGCAAACGAAGGAGGAGAACGCCCCGAAUGUAGCCCUUGAGCACCAGAUUGCGUUCUUCGAGAGCCACUUCACCGAACUCAAGUACGGCGGUGAUUUUAAAAAUAAGCUCAGCUGGUUGACGGAUGGCAAGUCACAGUGGUCGAUUGACCUUGCUGCCGGCACCUGGUACAACUUCGCGUAUGAGAUCGACUUCUCAGCCAAGACCGUAGGUCUCUGGACCUCGACUGGACCCGACGCCUUGAAGAAGGUCGUGGAGCCCGUGAGCGCAGCGACCAAGACCGACUCAAAGGACUGGCAUGUUGGCGAGCUGCGUUUGGACGAAGGAAAGAAGGGUGGAAAGGAGGAUUGGUUCUGGUCUGGUGUUUACAUCGAGAAGGGCGAUAUCACCACGGCCAUUGCUGGUCCUGCCGCUUAAACGGUCCCUUGUCU